AUGAAAAGCUCCUUCUCUUCCUUUCUUUCUCUUCUCUGUAUACAUUUUUUCAUAUAAUAAUGUUCAUAAAUCUCUGUCUCUUUCUCUCUCACACACUCACACAGUCGGGUUAAAUUUGUGCAUGAAUUGGGUUGUCCUCAUUUGAUUGGUUGCAUAUAAUUUCACCAUUUCCCGAGCUCUGUAAACUCUGCAAGAAGUAGCGUCUACAGUUUGGGGAAAAAAAAUGCAGACAAAAUAAACAGAGGCGAGGAAGAGAGAACGAAAGUUUUUGCUGAAAUUUAUGCCAUGAAUGAGUUCAAAUGACGAAUCCCAACAGAAACCCACACAAAAAAAAAACAAAAUCUUUUACAUUAAAUUUUUUCUUAAACCUGGGAAUUGGGAUGAUUGUAUUCUAUUCUAGUACGGUCUUGUAGUAGUAACACGUAUUUGCAAACAACAAACAACAUUGCAUUUUUCUCUGUUAUUAGUAUUUUUGGACGUCUAACGCACAUGGGGUCCUUGAGUUUCUAAUUGUUAUUUGUAAUUUUUUUUUUUGAAACUUCUGGGUUCUUUGUUUUUGGGGGCGUUGUCACAUGCAAUCCUCUGGUUUCUCUUUCUCUCUCUCUCUCCUUCUCAGUUUCUGAAUAUGCUUCAAAGCAUUUUUUUUGGGUAUUAUUUUUUUCAUUGACUGAACACUACCGAGAGAGAUUCUUUCAGAUCUACAGUAAAGGCAAGAAAAAAGCUGAGACACUGAGAAACUUUCACCUUCUUUUCUUCUUCACUCUGUUUUUUGGCAGGGUGUUUUGUCACAAAGUCUUGGAGUUUGGAGAAAAGGAAAAAUAAAAGAAUUAACUGGGGUCACACACUUGAUCACUUUUCAGCAUUAUGCUUUGAAGGAAUCGAGCUUAUAAGCCAAUUCUGUACAAAUUUGAGUUUGUAAUCUGUUUUGAUAAACUAGUGGAUGCUCAACAAAGAGAUAUAAAUGGUUUGCGAGAUGGAGGAGGAUAAUCUUGAAGAGAUGGACAUUGAAGUUCUAUCUUCAAUGUGGCCUGAAGAUAUGAAUGAAGCUGGAAAGCAGUUCAACAUUGAAAAGCCAAAACCAGAUCAAGAUAUGUUGCAGGAGGUUACUAUAAAUAAAGAUCCUAGGAUUGUAGAUUUUAAGAGACUCUUAGAACUUAAUGGUAGUAGUGAAACAGGUUCCUCGCAGUUGGCGCACUUGGUAAAGAACUGGGAAUAUAAGCAGGCCUAUGCAGUACGUCUUCUUAGGGAGGAGCUUGAUAAUCUCAGCAAGCAACAACAGGAAUCUGAGCUCAAGAAAUUGGAAAUAUUGGAGGAGCAUCGGUUCGAGGAAGAAAGAUAUGGUGGUGACAAGCGUCCGAUUUCUAUAUUCGAUGAAAAUUUAAAAUAUGUCUACCCAAAAGUUCCAAGAAGAAAGCAUGACAUAAUUUUCCAUGACGAUAGAGUGAAAAUAGAUGCCGAGUAUGAUAGUGUUAUCUACUGGAAACAAAGAGCAAUGCAUUUAGAGAAGUUGUUUGAGGCAAGUCUCCAGCGGGAGCAAAUACUGAAGGAGAAAUUGCAGGACAGUAUAGAAAAUCUGGAGAAGCAAUCUUCUCCUGUGGAAGAACUUUCCCAAAUGCUGAAACGAGCUGACAACUUCAUGCAUUUUGUCCUCCAAACUGCACCAGUUGUCAUAGGACACCAGGACAAAGACUUACGGUAUCGUUUCAUCUACAAUCACUUCCCAAGUUUACGAGAAGAGGACAUCAUUGGGAAAACGGAUGUCGAGAUUUUUACUGGUUCAGGAGUUAAGGAAUCUCAAGACUUUAAAAAAGAAGUUCUGGAACGAGGAUUACCAGCAAAGAGGGAAAUAACAUUUGAAACCGAACUCUUUGGCUCAAAGACAUUUUUGAUAUAUGUGGAACCAGUGUUCAGCAAGACUGGAGAGACUAUUGGUGUUAAUUAUAUGGGAAUGGAUAUAACUGAUCAGGUUAAAAAAGGAGAAAAGAUGGCAAAGCUUCGUGAAGAGAUAGCUGUACAAAAAGCGAUGGAGACAGAACUUAACAAAACAAUACAUAUUACAGAGGAAACAAUGCGAGCAAAACAAAUGCUCGCAACCAUGUCUCAUGAGAUAAGAUCCCCUUUAUCUGGAGUUGUUAGCAUGACUGAGAUUCUUUCCACCACAAAGCUUGACAAAGAACAACGACAAUUAGUUAAUGUGAUGCUGUCAUCGGGUGAUUUGGUGCUGCAAUUAAUAAAUGACAUUCUUGACUUGUCCAAGGUUGAGUCAGGAGUCAUGAGAUUGGAAGCUACAAAGUUCAGGCCAAGGGAGGUUGUAAAGCAUGUAUUGCAGACUGCCGCAGCAUCACUGCAGAAGCUAUUAACUUUGGAAGGAGAGGUAGCAGAUGACGUUCCUGUAGAGGUCAUAGGAGAUGUUCUGAGGAUUCGCCAGAUUUUAACAAAUUUGAUCAGCAACGCAGUUAAGUUUACCCAUGAGGGGAAAGUUGGCAUAAAGCUUUAUGUGGUACCCGAGCCACGUUCAGAAACAAAACAAGUGCCUAAUGGGACAAACCACUCCAGAAUACUGGAAAAUGUCAAGAGAGGUGGCAAAUACUUAUCACCUACUCAGAGUUUCCAGAUCGGACAUGAAUCUGAUAUGAGGAAUAACAUGGAAGGGGCUUAUGAAAAUUAUGAAGACCCAAGAACUCCAAAAAGCAAUCUAACCUCAGCGGAAGAUGAUGAAGAGAGUCAGUCAAAUCCACAGGAAACCACAGUGUGGUUAUGCUGUGAUGUCUAUGACACUGGGAUUGGAAUACCAGAAACUGCUCUACCAACACUAUUCAAGAAAUAUAUGCAAGUUGGUGCUGACACAGCUCGCAAGUAUGGAGGAACCGGACUAGGCCUUGCCAUUUGCAAACAAUUGGUUGAGCUCAUGGGUGGUCAUCUCACGGUGUCAAGCAAAGAACACCAGGGUUCUACUUUCACAUUUGUACUGCCUUACAAGGUUUCACUUUUCUGUGAUAGUUCAGAUGAUCCAGAUGAACUCUCAGAUAUGCAUGGCCAUGAUGGCCACGCCGCAGUGCAGGAGGAUGAUAUAAACUGUGGGUUUUUCCAAUUCCAACCACGUACUUUGGGUUCUCUGUUCAUUCCUCAUAAUACUAGUAGAAACCAAAAAGCGCUAGCCAAUGAUCUUGGGUUUGAUACCGUGAAUAAGAGUAAGAGAUUGCCGAAAGAUUACUAUUUAUUACCCUCUGAUAAUGAUCUAGGUGAGAGCUCUUCAGUAGAUGCUACUGUCGAGACAUCAUCUGAAUCUGAAACCGUGGAAUGUUGCAAUCACAGUACUGAUAACGAAACUGCAGCUCUAAGAGAUGAGCAAAGUCAAGAUCACAUGGAUUGUCAGCUUUCAAAUAGGUGUGGUUCCCCUGGUACUUUGACUAUGAGCAACAGCCUGGUUGAAAGUCCUGGUGAACUGGCUGCAUCAGAUACAUGUCAACCACAAACACAGGCUAGUCAAAGUCCUGGAUGCUCCUCCAGCAGCUACACUGAGAACUUGAAUCACCCUUUGACACCUAAAAUUCUUCUUGUUGAAGACAGCAAAAUAAACGUCAUGGUAACACAGUCAAUGAUGAAGCAGUUAGGUCACAAGAUAGAUGUUGUCCAUAAUGGAGUAGAAGCUGUACGCGCAGUUCAACGAAGCAAUUACGACCUCAUCCUUAUGGAUGUUUGCAUGCCUGUAAUGGAUGGCUUGCAAGCUACAAGGCUGAUCCGGUCCUUUGAAGAAUCUGGCAACUGGGAGGCUGCACAGAAAGCUGGAAUCGAGCUUCAGUUGUCUAACUCAGAUUCUUCACAAAAUCGAAAUAAGAGUAAAAGAAUUUCUAUAAUAGCGAUGACAGCAAAUGCAUUGUCAGAGAGUGCAGAGGAGUGUUAUGCAAAUGGUAUGGACUCUUUCGUUUCAAAGCCUGUUACUUUUCAAACAUUGAAACAGUGUCUACAAGACUAUUUGCACUGACGUUAGAAUUGUAAAUGUAUAAAUCUAAUUGUACAGAAAUGUAAGUGCUAGGAAAGUUUUGUAAUCAGUGUCUCAUGUUACAUCCUUGUCAAUCCUCCCCUAGUCUAGCUUAUGAAUGAUGUCGAUCCUCAGUUUUAAAGGAGAUCGAUGUCUUGCAAAUUUAUCUUUCUCAAUCCUCCAUUCUCUAGCUACUGAUCAAUCA